CGUAGAGACGCGUGGAUGGUUCCGAUUCCAUCCAUUUCAUGCUUCACGAUAUCCACCUGUGCUCCACGCGCCAUCUUCCUCUUCCUUUCUCUUCCUUUCUCUCUGCUCUCUCACCCUCGCUCCGGGCGUUGCUCCCUCAUGGCUUCCUCCGCCCCCUUUCUCCCAGGCCAACCCCUUCUCAACCGAUCCCACUCUAAUUCCCCGUUAGUUUUAGGGUUAGGGUUCCCCAACCGAACCAUGGGCCUUUCAUCCUAUCGCCGCCCUUCACAAUCCCUUCUUCGCCUUCGAGCCGAAGCUUCCCCUGGUGCUGGCACCAUGGAGACAUCGCAGGAUUCCUCAACUGAUCCCGUCCAGCGAUUUCUCAAGCGAGAUUACAAGUGGGGCUUCGUCUCGGACUUUGAGUCCACGUCAAUCCCUAAAGGCCUCUCCGAAGCCACCGUCCGCGCCAUCUCCGCCCGCAAAGGCGAACCCGCUUGGAUGCUGCAAUUCCGCUUAGAUGCCCUCCGGAGAUUUCUCUCGAUGGUCGAACCUCGUUGGUCUGAAAACGUUUACCCCCCAAUUGACUUUCAGUCCAUCUGCUAUUUCUCAGAGCCGAAGCUUAAGCCCAAACUUAAUAGCCUUGAUGAGGUCGAUCCUAAACUCCUCGAAACUUUUGAGCGCCUCGGAGUCCCACUUAACGAGCAGAAACGCCUCGCAAAUGUCGCGGUUGAUGCCGUCAUCGACUCCACUUCAAUUGCAACUACACAUAGAGAAACCCUAGCUAAGGCCGGGGUUAUCUUCUGCUCCAUCUCUGACGCAAUCAAGGAGUACCCGGAUCUUGUACGGCGAUAUCUCGGGAAGGUCGUGCCGAUGGGCGAUAACUAUUAUGCCGCCCUCAAUUGUGCUGUUUUCAGUGAUGGGUCCUUCUGUUAUAUACCAAAAGAUACUGUUUCUCCUAUGGAGAUCUCGACGUACUUCCGGAUUAAUGAUAGGGAUACAGGUCAGUUUGAGCGGACUCUGAUAAUAGCCGAUGAGAGGAGCUACGUGAGCUAUCUUGAAGGCUGCACUGCUCCCUCCUAUGAUAAGAACCAGCUUCAUGCUGCGGUGGUGGAGCUCUACUGUGCUGAAGGUGCUGAGAUUAAGUAUUCGACAGUGCAGAAUUGGUAUGCUGGAGAUGAAGAGGGGAAAGGAGGGAUUUACAAUUUUGUGACAAAGAGGGGAAUUUGUGCUGGUAAUAAGUCGAAAAUAUCUUGGACACAGGUGGAGACAGGUUCGGCAAUCACGUGGAAGUAUCCAAGCGUGGUUCUGAAGGGGAAUGACACUGUGGGGGAAUUCUAUUCAGUUGCACUAACAAAAGAUUAUCAGCAGGCUGACACUGGGACAAAGAUGAUCCAUAUUGGGAAAAAUUCAAAAAGUAGGAUUGUUUCAAAGGGAAUAUCAGCAGGAAAGUCGAGGAAUUGCUACAGGGGACUUGUGCAAGUUGGGCCAGGCGCUGAGAAUUCUCGAAAUUUUUCUCAGUGUGAUUCUAUGCUGAUUGGUGACACUGCAGCUGCCAUUACAUAUCCGUACAUACAGGUGAAGAAUCCAUCCGCGCGAAUUGAGCAUGAAGCAAGCACUUCCAAGAUUGGUGAGGAUCAGCUAUUUUAUUUUCAGCAGAGGGGAAUCGACCACGAGAAGGCUGUUGCAGCCAUGAUUGGCGGUUUCUGCAGAGAUGUUUUUGAUAAGCUCCCAUUAGAGUUUGCGUCGGAGGUAAAUGCUCUUAUGAACCUUAAGUUAGAAGGAUCUGUUGGCUGAACCGAACUCGCUUUGAAUCUCCCACCCGCGUUAACAUAAAAGUCGUGCACUUUGCAAUAGGCCCGCUAUGUAAAUUAACUCCUUUUAUUGUAAAAUGGUGGAAUUAUAGCAAUAUCCAAUAGAGAGAGUUUUAUUUUAAGAAAGUUGAAACUAUACUUUGGUUCAUUUUGAAGCCAGCCGCGAAGAUUUAAGCAUAGUAAUGCAGUUGUUUGAAUAAGUUGUCCAACAUUAACUGCGAAUCUUGUAAAUUAUAUGAAUGGAAGUGUGCUUGCAUUCUUUUGUAAUUAAUCCUUGGCUGUAGUGAGGGAUUCCGUUAGGAGUGGAGAUUUUCAUUCUUUUCAAGCAGGAUCUUGCAGUAUAAUUUGUGAAGAAGUAGAACUUAGGAGUUCCUA